AAAACAAUAUUCUUUAUUUUAUGAACUUCCACGGAUAAGCUUUAGUGAUUUUUAGGAAAAUAAGGUCGACUGAAGUAAACAAAGAUGCCGCCUGCAAGGUUUCAGAUUGGAGAUACUGUAAUGGGCCGCUGGCCCGGCAGUAACCUUUAUUAUGAGGUCAAGGUGAUGAGUUUUGAUAACAAGACUCGCCUCUACACCGUCAUCUACAAAGAUGGUACUGAGCUGGAGCUGAAGGAGUCAGACAUCACGAGUGUGGUCAUUUUUCAAACUGCUGGACGGUCGAGGUCAAGAUCUCGAUCACCGGGACGCUCGCCAGGACGUUCAUCGGCACGUUCCCCGGGACGCCCACGUCGCAGUCGCUCCCGUUCACCAGCUAGGACGCCGCGCAGAGCUUCAUCUCGCAGCACAGAAGUGCGCAAGGAAAAACUCAAAGAAGUGCUGGAGGUUCGACUCACUCCUGUGGCGAUGAAACACGAGAACAACAGCAGCAACAGCAAAUCUGAGAAGAAAGAGGAAAAUAAUACAGCUAAAGCAGCUCCUGUAGUCACAGAGGAGAAGACAGAGACUGAAUCAGAGAACCAGACAGGUGGACGAUAUAAUCUACGGCGCAGGAAGGACCAGGGUGAUGGCAAGGCUGUAGAGCUGGAGAAAGCCGUAGAGUCUGAGCCGUUAUUGCAAACUAAAGCACCAGCAGCCGUCAAGACCGCCGAUCUGGAGUUUGGAGGAAGAGUCGGUGUGCUUUUCCUGAUGUUUCUGCUGCCAGUGGCUGUGUUGGUAUUGCUCAUUCUCUGUGGGCAGAAGGAUGCCAGUCUCCAGAGCUUUCCUCUUGAGCUUCCCGCUCUUCAGUCUGUCUGGGAUUGCCAGGUCUUUGGCAUCGUCCUGCUCUGGCUUCUCUUCCAGGCCUUCCUCUCCUUGCUCCCUGUCGGAAAGCUUGUUGAAGGAAUGCCACUUAAGAAUGGGAAAACUUUGAAAUACAGGAUUAAUGGUUUCUAUGCGUUACUCCUCACGGCUGUGGCAGCAGGUGUCGCUGUGUACCAGGAGGUGGAUCUCAGCUACAUCCAUGCACACUUCUUGCAGUUCUACACCUCUGCCCUGCUCAUCGCAACUCUCCUCAGCAUCUACCUGUUCAUCCGCUCCCGCUGGGCAUCUAAAGAUGAGCUAGCUCCCGGAGGAAACUCUGGCUACAUCAUUUAUGACUUCUUCAUGGGCAGAGAGUUAAAUCCCCGUAUCAAAAGCUUCGAUAUUAAGUUCUUCUGUGAAAUGCGCCCUGGACUGAUGGGUUGGGUGUUGAUCAACUUUGCGAUGUUGCUUGCUGAAAUGAAGCAGCAGAAUCUGGAGAAUCCGUCUCCAGCGAUGCUCCUGGUCAACAUCUUCCAGCUCCUGUGGGUCAUCGAUGGCUUGUGGCAUGAGGAGAAGCUGCUGACUAUGAUGGACAUAAUGUAUGAUGGCUUUGGAUUUAUGUUGACAUUUGGAGAUUUGGCUUUUGUUCCCUUUACAUUCACAUGUCAAGCAUACUAUCUAGUCAACCAUCCCAAUGAGCUCUCAGUGUUCUGGAUCAUUACUCUCAUUGCUAUGAACGGAGUGGGAUACUAUAUUUUCAGGAAAGCCAACUCUCAGAAGUUUGCCUUCAGGAAAAACCCUUCUGACCCGGCAGUGUCUCAUCUGAAAACUAUUCCUACUGCAACUGGAAAAAGUCUCAUUGUGUCUGGUCUCUGGGGUUUCGUCCGUCAUCCCAAUUACCUGGGGGACAUCAUCAUGGCUUUGGCCUGGUCUCUACCAUGCGGGUUCAACAAUCUGGUCCCUUAUUUUUACCUGAUCUAUUUGGUCACUCUGCUGGUGCACCGUAACGCACGGGACGAGCGUCAGUGCAGGAAAAAGUACGGCUCUGCAUGGGAAGAGUACUGCAAAGCUGUCCCGUACCGCAUUUUCCCAAGAGUAUACUGAGACUUAGUCUGUUAUGGACACUCGGGGCCUAAACACCAGGAUGACACCGAACAUCAGACAGGGAAUGAGUCAUUAGCAGCUUAGCCUCCUUUUUAAAGUCUUUUAAAAACAAAAACAAUUACAAUUGAGCACCAAAAUCAAACCAAUUUUUCAGUCACAAAGCGUUUACGGAUUGUGGACACUGCCCCAGUUUGCAGAGUUUGAUCUCUUAGAUGUAUAUUAUUGUACAUAUGUUUUUUUUUUUUUUUAACUCUUAAAUUUGUGUUGCAUAAUCCUCAACUUGCCAUCUCAUCUGAUGUACACACAUAUACACAUUUAACGUAUUUGCUUGGCUAUUUACCAUUGACUUUUUUUUAUGACACAUUGUGUAAUGCUUUUGUAUAUUGUGUAUGAUGGGAUUUUUUUAUAUGUGUAUAGUAAGGAAAAGAUGUAAUGUUCGUUCUCAGGACCAGCAAUUUGUGAAAAAAAAAUACAAAAAAAAAACCAACUAAAAAUAAGCAAAA